GAGGAAACCCAGACCCAAGACCAGCCGAUGGAGGAGGAGGAGGUGGAGAUGUUCGUCUUCCACGCGGAAACUGCCCAGUUGAUGUCGCUGAUCAUCAACACGUUCUACUCUAAUAAAGAGAUCUAUUUGAGGGAGCUUAUUUCAAAUCCGUCCGAUACUCUGGACAAGAUCAGGUAUGAGAGCUUGACAGAUCCUAGUAAACUAGAUUUUGGGAAAGAUCUGCAUAUUAACCUCAUUCCGAACAAGCAAGAUUGAACGCUUACUAUCGUGGACACUGGGAUUGGAAUGACCAAGGCCGAUUUGAUCAACAAUCUUGGUACCAUUGCCAAGUCUGGGACCGAAGCAUUCAUGGAAGCUUUGCAGACUGGUGCAGAUAUUUCUAUGAUUGGCCAGUUUGAUGUCGGGUUUUAUUCGGCCUAUUUGGUGUCCGAGAAAGUAACCGUUAUCACCAAACAUAACGAUGAGCAGUAUGCCUGGGAGUCUUCUGCAGGAGGAUCCUUCACAGUUAGGACUGAUACAGGAGAACCUGUAUCAGAGAAGGAACGUGAUAAAGAAGUCAGUGAUGAUGAGGCAGAAGAAAAGGAAGACAAAGAAGAAGAAAAGGAAAAAGAAGAAAAGGAGUCUGAGGACAAACCUGAGAUAGAAGAUGUUGGCUCUGAUGAAGAAGAAGAAGAAAAUAAGGAUGGUGACAAGAAGAAAAAGAAGAAGAUCAAGGAGAAAUACAUUAAUCAAGAAGAACUGAAUAAAACAAAGCCUAUUUGGACCAGAAAUCCUGAUGACAUUAGUAACGAAGAGUACGGAGAGUUCUACAAGAGCUUGACCAACGACUGGGAAGAUCACUUGGCCGUGAAGCAUUUUUCAGUUGAAGGACAGUUGGAAUUCAGAGCUCUUCUUUUUGUCCCAAGACGUGCUCCCUUUGAUCUGUUCGAAAACAGAAAGAAGAAGAACAACAUUAAGUUGUAUGUUCGCAGAGUUUUCAUCAUGGAUAACUGUGAGGAUCUAAUCCCUGAUUAUCUGAACUUCAUUAGGGGUGUGGUGGACUCUGAGGACCUCCCUUUAAACAUUUCCCGUGAGAUGUUGCAACAAAGCAAAAUUUUGAAAGUUAUUAGGAAGAAUUUGGUCAAAAAAUGCUCAGAACCCUUCACUGAACUGGCAGAAGAUAAAGAGAACUACAAGAAGUUUUAUGAGCAGUUCUCUAAAAACAUUAAGCUUGGAAUACAUGAAGAUUCUCAAAAUCGAAAGAAACUUUCAGAGCUGUUGAGGUACUACACUUCUGCUUCUGGUAAUGAGAUGGUUUCUCUUAAGGACUAUUGCACAAGAAUGAAGGAAAACCAGAAACACAUCUAUUACAUCACAGGUGAGACUAAGGACCAGGUCGCUAACUCUGCCUUUGUGGAACGUCUUCGGAAGCAUGGCUUAGAAGUGAUCUGCAUGAUCGAGCCUAUUGAUGAGUAUUGUGUGCAACAUCUGAAAGAGUUUGAGGGGAAGACCUUGGUGUCAGUCACCAAAGAGGGCCUGGAACUUCCAGAGGACGAAGAAGAGGAAAAGAAACAGGAUGAAAAAAAGACAAAGUUUGAAAACCUCUGCAAAAUCGUGAAGGACAUCUUGGAGAAGAAAGUUGAAAAGGUGGUCGUGUCUAACCGAUUGGUGACAUCCCCGUGCUGCAUUGUCACAAGCACGUAUGGCUGGACAGCAAACAUGGAAAGGAUCAUGAAGGCUCAAGCGCUCAGAGACAACUCAACAAUGGGUUACAUGGCAGCGAAGAAGCACCUGGAGAUAAACCCUGACCAUUCCAUCAUUGAGACCCUGAGGCAGAAGGCAGAGGCUGACAAGAAUGACAAGUCCGUGAAGGAUCUGGUCAUCCUGCUGUACGAGACGGCUCUCCUGUCUUCUGGCUUCAGUCUGGAGGACCCCCAGACACAUGCUAACAGGAUCUAUAGGAUGAUCAAGCUUGGUCUUGGUAUUGAUGAAGAUGACCCCACUGCUGAUGACAGCAGUGCUGCUGUAACUGAGGAGAUGCCGCCCCUCGAAGGAGACAGUGACACGUCCCGCACUGAAGAAGGAGACUGA